UUUCCGUUCUCCCGUGUCACGUGACAGGGGAACUGCUGGUCUGUAACUGGUGAUGUGACGACGCAGCUAGCAGCAGUUAGCAAGUUUGUUGACUUUUACAUUUAGGUAUUUGUCCACAGAUUUAAGGGACAAGGCACGAAAAUGGACAACAGUGGGAAAGAAAAGGAAGCGGAAGCUUUGAUGGCGGAGGCGGACAAAAAAAUAAAAUCGUCGAAGUCGUUUUUUGGGACGCUGUUUGGGGGUUCCUCCAGGUCGGAAGAGGCCUGCGAAAUCUAUGUGAGAGCAGCCAACAUGUACAAAAUGGCUAAAAACUGGUCUGCUGCAGGAAAUGCUUUCGCGCAGGCUGCUCAUCUUCACCUGCAGAUGCAGAGUAAACACGAUGCAGCAACUAACCUCAUAGACGCUGGAAAUGCCUUCAAAAAAGCAGACCCCCAAGAGGCCAUAAACUGCUUAAACCGAGCAAUCGAGAUUUACACCGACAUGGGCCGUUUCACUAUUGCAGCAAAGCACCACAUCACCAUUGCUGAGAUUUAUGAGACCGAGCUGUUGGACAUCGAUAAGGCUAUUGCUCAUUAUGAACAGGCUGCAGAUUAUUAUAAAGGCGAAGAAUCCACCAGUUCGGCCAACAAGUGCCUUCUGAAAGUAGCAACCUAUGCUGCCCAGCUAGAGCAGUACCAGAAAGCCAUUGAAAUCUAUGAACAGGUGGGAACAUAUGCCAUGGACAGCACGCUGCUGAAGUACAGUGCCAAGGAUCACUUCUUCAAGGCGGCGCUCUGCCACUUCUGCGUGGACACGCUGAACGCGAAGCUCGCCGUGCAGAAAUAUGAAGAGAUGUUUCCAGCCUUUUCAGACUCUCGAGAGUGCAAGCUGCUGAAGAAACUUCUUGACGCCUGUGAAGAACAGAACGUGGACGCAUACACUGACUCGGUGAAAGAAUUUGACAGCAUUUCCCGUUUGGACCAGUGGCUCACCACCAUGCUGCUCCGCAUCAAGAAGACCAUACAGGACGAUGAAGAAAGCCUCCGCUGAUUCGCCUCCUUGAGUCCUCGGAAACCGACUUGCCCUUCUCUCGUUUGCCCCUUUCCACCCCCCUAAUGCCCCCUCAGACAGCAGCAUUCCUACAUUUUACCAACCUGUGUGCCCUUUGAUGGAUGCUGUCUGUCUCCUGUCAUUUGCAGUAUUCCUCGUUUUCUCCUUUUUAAAACGCCUUCUGUACUUUCGGUUUGAACACUAUUGUCAUGAGUGCACAGAGUCUGUUCCGUGUGUGUUUCGCUGCAGGUGUUGGUCUGCAGUUCAGAACCGGGCUGCAAUACUUUAACAACUCAAACCAGCAGACUUGUAUAGUAAAAAAAGAAAAAACAUUUUAUUUUCAUUGUAAAACGUUAAAUGCGAGUAUGGCGACUUGCUUACGAUUUAAUCUGCUUUAGGAUAAAGUAUAUUAUUCAAAAUUUGGAUAUAGACUGAACGGUCAGCUGUUUUAUUAUGAAACAUCAGAGACGCCACAAUCAGCUUUACUCUGCCUUACCGUUCUCAGUGUCGACUGAAAGGUUUAACCAACCGAUCAAUAAUAGAUAUAAUGGUUGAAGCUGCGUGCAGCGUUGAAUGGCCCGCCCUCGUCACCCCUUGACCUGCCUUCAACAGCUGAGAGGCUGUGACACCCCCUCACUCUCCCCAUCUGCCCUUGCCACCGUGGUCAGAGCUGCACGUGUCAAAUUCAUUAAAAAUAAUGUUUUCAAAAUGG